GCUACCGUAGUGUCAAUAGUUCUACUGGAAGCAGUUUAUCUAACAUGGUUGUAGACUGUUGUUCCAAACAGAGUAGUUGCUCGUUUGUCCUACUCCCCGUGACAUACUUAUUGCGUUAAUAGAGGGGUCAUACAGGACGGACAAGCUGAGUUACCUGGACAGAGCUUCUGUAAACAGAUAGUUUAACCACUUUAGUUGUAAGUAUUUUGGGUUUGACGCAGGACUACCAGGACGAGACAAUCGGAUAUCUGAGAGGGUAAUAUUGAUAGAGAACAAUUGGGAGACUUAGAAAUGGAAACAAUUGAUUUAGUUGGUACAGAUGGGUAGAAAGGAUGGAGGGACUGAAGAGACGGGUGAGGAAUACGCUGUUAAGACCUUGGCUACGUUCGUCCUUAUGAUGUUUGGCUGUGCGGUAAUAGCCCAGACGAAGUUGACUCUGGGGACCAAGGGCCUUUUCAGUGAGUGUAAGGUACCUCUGCUGUUUGGAUGUGGCUCCGUUGCCCAGGUAACGACAUCUGAAAACAGUAACGGUCACUACCUGUCAAUCAAUCUGGGUUUCGCUCUGGGAACCACCUUUGGAGUCUAUGUUUCCCGUGGGGUGUCAGGUGCUCACCUGAACCCUGCAGUGUCUCUCAGCCUCUGCUUUCUGGGCAGGCAUCCUUGGACACGCCUGCCUUUCUACGUCUUGUUCCAGAUUCUGGGGGCCUUUAUGGCUGCUGCCACCGUAGCCUUGCAGUACUAUGAUGCUAUACAGUUCUACAGCGGUGGUCACCUGACCGUGAGUGGUCCCAAAGCCACAGCAGGCAUCUUCUCCACAUACCCUGCUGACUACCUGAGCCUGUGGGGGGGCAUCAUGGACCAGGUGGUUGGCACGGCUGCUCUCAUGGUGUGUAUCCUGGCUCUGGGGGACAGCAGGAACAGCCCGGCGCCUGCAGGUCUGCAGCCGGUGCUGGUGGGGGCUGUGGUGUUGGUGAUCGGAGUCUCCAUGGGCUCCAACAGUGGCUACGCCCUGAACCCAGCCAGAGACAUUGGGCCUAGACUGUUCACAUACAUUGCUGGCUGGGGGGAUGAGGUGUUUAAGGCGGGACGUGGUUGGUGGUGGGUGCCUUUAGUGGCUACUUGUGCCGGCGCUCUGGUAGGCACACUGAUCUACGAGCUCCUCAUUGAGGUCCACCAUCCAGAGAAGGGGCUCAUCUCGGAGUCCUCAGCCCAAGGACAGGCCACUGAGAGCAGGCAGGCAGUGGAGCUACAUCCAGAAAAAAAAGACCCUAAGGAUGGACUUGAUGGAACUAUCAUGUGAAAUGGGAGAAUCUAAUAGUGGGAUUUUAAACUGUUAUAUCCUAAAGGGCUAUAAGAUUACACUCUUUUCAAGACACUAGUGUAUGUGUCACAAUUAUAAACAGAGGAAUGAUUAUCUAUCUGUAUAAAAUACUGUAGUUGUAAAUGUACCUAAAUUAAAAAUACAAUACUGUCCCUAAACAGUUAUAUAAAGCUUCUUCAAUGACUGGACAGAAGUAAAGGCUUGAUAAAGCAAAGUUCUCCCGUACACAUUUAUUUUGAAACGGCACAUAAAAUGUAUGGCAAUUCAGCACACAGACCACAAUACAGAUGGGAAAAUAAAAGCGGAAUCAUUAUUUAUCUAUAGUACCUUCAGAAAGUAUUCAGACCCCUUCCCUUUUUCCACAUUUUAUGUUACAGCCUUAUUCUAAAAUGGAUUCAAUGAAAACUUGACUGGUACUGUAUAUACAGUGCAUUCAGAAAGUAUUCAGACCCCUUGAAUUUGUUACGUUACAUCCUUAUUCUAAAAUUGAAUAGUUUCUUCCCCUUCAAAUUUACAGCUGUCAGGUUGGAUGGGGAGCCUCGCUGCACAUGUUUUCAAGUUUCUCCAGAGAUGUUCGAUCGGGUUCAAGUCUGGACUCUGACAGGGCCACCCUAGACAUUGAUACUUGUCCCGAAGCAACUCCUGUGCUGUCUCGGCUGUGUGCUUAGGGUCAUUGUCCUGUUGGAAGGGGAACCUUCAUCCCAGUCUGAGGUCCUGAGUGCUCUGGAGCAGGUUUUCAUCAAGGACCUUUCUGUACUUUGCUAUGUUCACAUGUGACAGUCUGGUGACGCCGUGGAGAACGUUCUGCUGCCUGCAACAUCCUCCAGCAUGACCGGUUUGGUGGUGGGUCAGUCAUGAUGUGGGGUGGCAUUUCUUUGGGGGGCCGCACAGCCCUCCAUGUGCUCGCCAGAGGUAGCCUGACUGCCAUUAGGUACCGAGAUGAGAUCCUCAGACCCCUUGUGAGACCAUAUGCUGGUGCGGUUGGCCCUGGGUUCCUCCUAAUGCAAGACAAUGCUAGACCUCAUGUGGCUGGAGUGUGUCAGCAGUUCCUGCAAGAGGAAGGAAUUGAUGCUAUGGACUGGCCCGCCCGUUCCCCAGACCUGAAUCGAAUUGAGCACAUCUGGGACAUUAUGUCUCGCUCCAUCCACCAACAGACCAUAGACCACCACAGACUGUCCAGGAGUUGGCGGACGCUUUAGUCCAGGUCUGGGAGAAGAUCCCUCAGGAGACCAUCCGCCACCUCAUCAGGAGCUUGCCCAGGCAUUGUAGGGAGGUCAUACAGGCACGUGGAGCCCACCCACACUACUGAGCCUCAUUUUGACUUGUUUUAAGGACAUUACAUCAAAGUUGGAUCAGCCUGUAGUGUGGUUUUCCACUUUAAUUUUGAGUGUGACUCCAAAUCCCGACCUCCAUGGGUUGAUACAUUUGAUUUUUGUGUGAUUUUGUUGUCAGCACAUUCAACUAUGCAAAGAAAAAAGUAUUUAAUAAGAAUAUUUAAUUCAUUCAGAUCUAGGAUGUGUUAUUUUACUGUUCCCUUUAUUUUUUUGAGCAGUGUAUAUAUGUUCCAUAAUGACAAAGCGGAAACAGGUUUUUAGCAAAUUUACAAAAAAUAAAACAUACCUUAUUUACACGCUUUGCUACGACUCGAAAUUGAGCUCAGGUGCAUUCUGUUACUACAACUUGGGAGUCCACCUGUAGUAAAUUCAA